AUGUUCCAUCACAACUUCCAGCACCGAAGGACCCUCUGCUCCUGCAACCACCCAGGACCCCUGCUCCUGCCCCACCCCAGGACCAACUGCCUCCCUCGCACAUCCAGACCCUGCUCCUGCAACCAUCCAGGACCGUCUGCUCCGGCACCAUCCAGACCUCUGCUCCCUGCACGCAUCCAGGACCCUCUGCUCCUGCACCACCUCAGGACCAACUGCUCCUGCACCAUCCAGGACCACUGCUCCUGCACCUCCAGGAACCACUGCUCCUGCACCAUCCAGGACCACGCUUCCUGCACCACCCAGGACCUCUGCUCCUGCACCACCCAGCCCAUUGCUCCUGCACCAUCCUGGACCACUGCUACCUGCACCAACCCAGGACCACUGCUCCGCACCACCCAGGACCAUUGCGCCUGCACCAUCCAGGACCACUGCUCCUGCCCCACCCAGACCACUGCUCCUGCACGCAUCCAGGACCACUGCUCCACAGCAGCUGCCCCCACGUGA